CGACCUUCAAAUCAACUCCCUCGUCCUUCUUUCGUCCAUUGGCCUCCCGCAGCAUGUCCUUUCGGCCAAUGUUUCAGCAGCGGGCUGUGGCCCCCAUCGCUGCCACACUUCUGGCUGGAGGUGUAGCCUUCUAUCCCCGGCGAACCGCUUUCGCAGAGGAGCCUAAGGACACUAGAAAACCAAUCUAUGAUGACUUCCCGGAACCCAUGAAGACCCUUCCUGCUGCUCCUCCCAAGUCUUCUCCAACCUCCUCCUCGUCUCCCACUCCCACAGAUAUCUUGACGGCCCAGGUCCGACAAGCCCGUCUUUUCCUCUACGAAAACUCCCUUGCCGCUGAGAACAGCUUCAACAACUUCCUGUCCCGGGCCCUCCACAUCGAGAAUGCCUUCACCAACACCAUCGCCUCGUUGGCCCCAUCACCUGAGUCGGGCGAGCAUCUCCUCCCCGGCGGAGCCUAUGUCAUCGUCUCCGCCAUGGCCGGCUCCAUUGUAAGCCGCAACCGUGGGAUCUUCCUUCGCUCUCUCUCGCCGCUCGCGUUCGGUACCGUGGCCGCCUGGACCCUCCUGCCUGUCACGAUGCGCAACAUCUCCGACCUGGUAUGGGAGUACGAGAAGAAGGUUCCCGCCAUUGCCGAGCAGCAUCUCUACCUCCGUGAAAGGGCUGAGCACAUCUGGUCUACUGGCGUGGCACACAGCGGCAUGGCCCGGGCCAGGAUGGAAGACAAGAUCGGCGAGAUCCGGAAGAAGCUGGAGGAGUUGGUCAGCAAGGGCCACUAGUAUUUCUGCAUUUAUCUCUCUCCCUCCCCUCCCCCUGUUCAAUUGUUUUCCUUGUAGCGGAUGCGAUCUGGAGCCCGUGCUGCGACUCUCGGCUUGGCUGGCCUUAAAUUCCAUUGCAUAUGUGUACUUUAACAGUUAGAUUUAAGGUCCCCCUGUUUGGCACUCCU